AUGGCGCCCGGCCCACCCCGCCCCUCCCUCCUCCACAAACUCACCACCGAGCUGGGCCUCCGCACCAUCCUCCACGCGCCCGCUGACCUGCACCUCAUCUACCUCACGCGCUUCCUGCGCAUGGCGGCCUACGGCGGCGUCUCCCUCGUGCUGGCGCUCUUCUUCGCCGCGCUGUCCGUCCCCGACGCGCGCAUCGGGCUCUUCAUGACGCUGACGCUGCUCGGCGACGUCGGGCUGUCGCUCGCGCUGACGCUGGUGGCGGACCGGCUGGGGCGGCGGCGCGUGUUGCUGCUGGGGUGCGGGGGCAUGGUCGUGGCGGGGGCGGUGUUUGCGAAUGCGAGCGCGUAUUGGGUGUUGCUGGGGGCGGCGGUGGUGGGGGUGGUGAGCGUGAGCGGGAAUGAGAUUGGGCCGUUUCGCGCGGUGGAGGAGAGCGCGUUGGCGGGGUUGGUGGGGGAGCGCGAGAGGAGCGAGGUCUUUGGGUGGUAUGUCGUUGUUGGGACGAUGGGGUCGGCGCUGGGGUUGGCGGGCGCCGGGUGGGUGGUUGAGGCGUGUAAGAGGCGGGAGGGGUGGGUGGAGCUGGAUGCGUUUAGGGUGGUCUUUUGGGGGUAUGGCGCCGUGGGCGUGGUGAAGGCUGGGUUGACCUUGUUGCUGAGUGCGAGGUGCGAGGUCGAUGGGUAUGGGGGCGGUGGUGCCGCGGCGGGACGCGGCGAGUAUGCGACCGUGGGGAGUGGUGGUGGAAGGAGCGGCAGGAAAGAUGCGGCGGCCGAGGACGCCGAGGAGAGCGAGCGCGACGUGUUUCUCACGCCGUCGCGGUCGUCGGACGAAGGGCCAGCUGAUGACGAUGAACGGCCGCUUCCGCCCACGCCGCCCACACCCGCGCCGCCGCCCAAGCCGAAGAUGGGUUUCGCGCAACUGUCGGCUGAAACGCGCUGGAUGAUGCUGAAGCUGUGCGCCCUCUUCUUUGUCGACUCGCUGGCGUCGGGCAUGGUGCCGUACUCGCUGAUCAACUUCUACCUCGACCGCAAGUUCGGGCUGCCCAAGUCGACCCUCGGCGGCAUCGUCGCCGCCACCUGGGUCACCUCCAGCAUCGGAAAUAUUUUCGCCGCCUCCAUCGCCAGGCGCAUCGGCCUCGUCCAGACCAUGGUCUUCACCCACCUCCCUUCCGCCGUCUUCCUCGCCCUGAUCCCUGCCGCCCCUGUCGUGUGGCUGACGGCCAUCCUGAUGGUUCUUCGCGGCACUCUUGCGAGCAUGGACCAGGCCCCACGCUCGGCAUUUUUGUCGCUGGUCGUCAAGCCCGAAGAACGCACCGCCGUCAUGGGCAUUGUGAAUGUCGUCAAAACACUGAGCCAAAGCGGCGGGCCGUCGGUGACGGGCUUCUUGGCCGGCACCGAUAGGUUCUGGAUUGCUUUUGUCGUCGCCGGUGCCAUGAAGGCCGCCUAUGAUUGCGGGCUGCUGACGCUGUUCGUGAAGGUGGAGCGGAAGGCCGAGGGUGCCAUAAAGCUGGAUCGGAGAGAGACGCGCCAACUCGCCGACGAAUUCGAGCUCGACACGGAAGAUGAGGCUUCUGACAGCGGAGAUGAGGGCAGAGGAAAGAGGAGGGAUUCAGCCGCUUGA